AUGUACUCAAACUCCAUCCUCUCAACCCUCCUCCUCCUCCUCCCAGCCGCCACCCGGGCCUGGGACUCUCCAAACUACUCUGGCCUUACCCGCCUCUGGCAAGAUAGCUUCCCCGGCGCCUCAGGCGACCCGAUUAACGGCGGCAACUGGAACAUCAUCACCAACCUUCACGUCAACAACGAGAUCCAGGAAUACACGACCUCCCGCUCCAACCUCCAAAUCUCAGGCGGCGGCACCGUUCAAAUCGUGCCCCAAAAGGACGGCAACGGCGCCUGGACCUCGGGCCGCAUCGAGUCCCGCUACGUCUUCACCCCCGCCGCCGGCCGCCUCACCGUCGCCGAGGCCCAGAUCCGCUUCGGCGACAACGCCAUCGCCAACAAGAAGGGCAUCUGGCCCGCCUUUUGGAUUCUCGGCGACGCUAUCCGCAACGGCGUCAGCUGGCCUCGUUGCGGCGAGCUCGACAUCCUCGAGACGGUCAACGGGCAGCUGACGGGGUACGGGACCGUCCACUGCGAUAUCCUUCCCGGCGGCGCGUGUAACGAGCCCAACGGUAUCGGCGGUAACAUUGGCAUCCCGGAUCAGGGGUGGCACACUUGGCGUCUGCAGAUCGAUCGUCGGUCUGGCAACUGGCAGACGGAGACGAUUACGUGGUUCCGUGACGGGCAGCAGUUUCAUCAGAUCAGCGGCGCCAGGAUCGGGAGCGAGGGUAUCUGGAACACGUUGGCUCGCGCGCCGUUGUUCUUUAUCUUGAAUGUCGCCGUCGGCGGUAACUGGCCCGGAAACCCGGAUGGCUCUACCAUUGGCGGCUGGGGAAGCAUGAUGGAGACCGCCUAUGUUGCCGUCUACCAGUCCACUUAA